GCUUCUGGUUAUUAUUGAGGAAAAACCACGACUGCGUUUUUCAUGUGAGAAGCACCGAAGAGGCUGCCAGGUGUUACCAACAGGUAGAGGAAUGGCGGAACCCAGCAAACACGACAUCUCCGCGAUUUUCAAGCGGCUCCGCUCGAUCCCGACCAACAAGGUUUGCUUUGACUGCGCAGCUAAGAAUCCGAGCUGGGCCAGCAUCACCUAUGGCGUGUUCCUCUGUAUCGACUGCUCCGGGACUCACAGGUCCCUGGGGGUGCAUCUGUCUUUUAUUAGGUCCUCCGAGCUGGAUUUUAACUGGUCGUGGUUUCAGCUGAGAUGCAUGCAAGUGGGAGGAAAUGCCAGCGCGACUGCAUUUUUCAACCAGCACGGCUGCACGGGCGGCGCCGCCAACGCCAAGUACAACAGCCGAGCCGCUCAGCUGUACAGGGAGAAGAUAAAGGCCUUAGCCACACAGGCGACCAGACGCCACGGCACAGAGCUGUGGCUGGACAGCCAGGCUCCUUUGUCUCCGACUUCACCCGUUGAAAAACAGCUGGAUUUCUUCAGCCUGCACUCUCAGGAUCUUCCUGAAAAUUUAAACAUGGCCAAAAUGAGUCUGAGCUCCUCCGCGACAGAGAAAACCCCUGAACAAGACCCAGACCCCAACGAUAAUUCGGAGGAGGGUCCGAGUGUCAGCAUGCUGAGCGCCUCACCCAAAGCAAAUCCAGAGCCGUCUUCUCUCAUCAAGAAGAAGCCGACAGCUGCCAAGAAGACCUUGGCCUCUAAGAAAGGCGGCCUGGGCGCCCAGAAGGUCAGCAGCCAGAGUUUCUCCGAGCUGGAGAAGAGAGCUCAGGCUGCCGAUAAACUCCGAGAGAAGGCGGAAAACCCGGCCGCCGCCCCCAAGAGCGACUCGCAGGUGUCCAUCGCCCCGUCGCUCCGGUUGGCCUACAAAGAGCUGGAGCAGCAGAGGAAGGUGGAGGAGCAGAAGCUGAAGGGUCUGGAGGGGAAGAAGAAGGAGCAGGCCGAGAGGCUGGGCAUGGGGCUGGGCAUCAGGAGUGGAGUCUCUCACUCCGUCACCUCCGACAUGCACAUCAUCCAGCAGGAGACUCCCGCCGACGCCCGACCCUCCAAGGGACGGCGCUUUCUGGAGGAAGAGGAGGACGAGGGGUCCUUCACCUCGAGAGCGUUGCCUCGGUUUGAGGAUCAGUCCGACGCCGCAGACAGUUUCUCCUCCGGCUGGGGAGAUUCAGGAGACAGAGGCUGGAAGAAGGAGAGCAAGAAACCAGAGCCAGACUUCUACCUGUCCUCCACGCCCUCUGACGACAGGCCCACGUCCAGGAGGAAACCGGAGCCCGCCGUAGACACGGGAGAGGCCCGCAGGAAGUUCGGAGACGUCAAAUCCAUCUCGUCUGACAUGUACUUUGGAAAACAGGACAACUCCGAGUACGAGGCCAAAACACGACUGGAAAGGUUUUCUUCAAGUUCUGCGAUCAGUUCAUCCGAUCUAUUUGAUGAUCCGAAGAAACAGAGCGCGAGCUCUUCGUACCGUCUGAGCAACGUGCUGCCCAACGCGCCCGACAUGUCGCAGCUCAAACACGGCGUGCGCUCGGUGGCCGGGAAGCUGUCGGUCAUGGCCAGCGGAGUCGUCAGCUCCAUUCAGGAUCACUACAGUUCCUGAGUCAUUGUGAGUAGAAGAAGCUCAUUUUGGGAGGAAAGGAAGCAACAACAUGCAGAAUCUACCCCGAUGUAACCCUGCUGUGUACACAUGUUAUUGUCCUGGAUAAUCCUCAUACGACAACGUUGAUGAGCGUCUUUUCCUCUGCGGACAGUUUGAAGGGAGGAUCCAUUAGAGUAUUUAGUUUGGUUUAUUUUGAAGUUUCUGGGGGAGUUCGGCGGCCUGAGGAGGUGUGUGGUGUUCUGAAGGAAGUGGUUUCAUUUUAUGUCCUUUAGUUAAUGAGGUCAAAACGUAUGUAGCCGAGAUGACACUGUGGUGAAUGCCCACCGAGCGAACAUGCUCUUAUCUGUUGCUUUAUUAUUAUUUUUUUAUAACUUUCACAGAGUUAAGUGUCCUUUCCAGGCCCAAAGUGCUCUUAAUGGAACAAAAAAUAAUGAAAGAACAGAUCUGUAGGGACCAGAUGUAGAUAUUUGUUCACUUGAUGUUCGAGAUAUAAAGUUAUUGAGAUUUCUUUAAAUUCCCCAGAUUCGUCCAAAGUAGGAAGCACAAUGUGAGUUGGUCACUUUUCCCUCUUUAGAAACCAAACGGAUCAUAAAACACGAUUCCUCAUGAGUUUUUGUAGCUGGAUAGGUUGGAGUUGGACCGAGGCAGCUGUGUAAACUAUGUAAAUCGACCAGCUGAACAUUUCUGUCUGGUGUUUAUUACGUUUUUCUUAUGUUUCUUGGGGAGAUUUCUUGCUGGAAGUUGUAGCUUUGCUUGUUGCAUCUGUCCCGAGCUGACGAGGUUUCAUGAGUUCACUGUGGAUAUUUGAAUCUGGUCGUUCCACCUGCUAAUUUCUACACUUCAGUAUAAUCAACAGAUUUUAGUGAUGAUACAAAUUUUCUCAUGAGUUUUGGAUUUUGUGGCCUUUCUUCGUGUUACAGAAAUAAAAUUUGAUCCCAACAGAGGCAGAAAAACUCUAUUUGAGCAAUGCGGUGAGAUGAAAGCGACUUUUCUGUCUCUGUUGUGAUCCUUUCUCAUUCCAGAGCUCCAGAUAGAAACCGAGCUCUUCCCUCUUCAUGGUCGUGAGUUUGGUUUUGUAUUUUCAAUAGUCAGACUUCAUGGAAUGAGACACCCGCUGCUCAGUGCUGCUUUUUGAUCUGGUGUUGCCUGUUAGCCCUUAAAGCUGAGACAGAAACUCUUCUAAAACCUGCUGAGAGGAAAAAAAGCACCAGAUUACACCUGCCAGAUGUGGAUCAUUUGCACUUUUUCUCCCCCCCCUCGCUCAGUCCACAUGUUGAAAGUUGAAUGAAGAGAAUUGUGAUGUUUUGGUUUUCUGAGUUGCCUUUUGUUGUAUUUGUAAUGUAUCUGGUGGGUUUUUUGGAAUUUGUGAAGGUGAUCAUUCUGAUUUGUAGCAUUGAUGCCUCGUUGCCACUUUAUUGAAUGUGUAGAAUCCGUUUGAGAUGUUCUCAGCAAUUUGUUUUUGUUUACGUACUGCCGGCGUGCAGGAGGUGAAACACUAGCAGUGAAACACAGGGAGCCUGUUUCAUUCAAGAAAGGGAAAGUAGCUUCGUCUGUUUUGAAGAAAAUUCCUGCUCGUGCUUAAGCAUUUUGUAAACCCUUUCUAUGCCUUUAAGAAGAAUCUGAUUCUAACGUGGAGAGAUUGAAAUUAGUGUUUUAAUGCAGAGUCUGCACAGAAUGUUAUAUUACUGAUAAAUCACUAAAAGAGGGCCAGGAAGGAGCUCAUACGUUCAAAGUCGACCAAAUAUUAGUUUACUCCAUCUCUACAAGCCUUAGCCCAAAGAUCUUAAGUCAUUCAGAUUACACCAUGAUCAUGGGGUCAAUUGUUACUGGGUUUUUUUUUUUUAUUUGCACAUAAUUUGUCAGAAAUUGCACGUGGCAGCUUUUGCUCGGAUGUACUGUAAAUCUUUGCCUCUCAGCGUUCGCCUUACUUUCUUUUUUUUUAGAUACUUUUCCGUCUCCUGCUGCUUAUUGUUGUUACAUAGAAGAAGAACAACCUACUGUGUAAUCUGCAUGGCUCUUCUUGUUGUUGGGAUUGCACAUCCUGAAUGUAUGAUGGGAAUAAUGCUGAGUAGAGCUUUGAACGGAAGCUACUGAUAAUCACCUUUUGAACAUUUUUGACACUCAACAUGUAAGUGACAUUUUUGAAAACAUGCCGAAUAAAUGGCUCAUGUUU